CCAGGAGGUUGGGGACUGGUGCCAAAUUUUGGAGGCUCUGGAGGGAGGACAAAGAAUGUCCCUGGGACGUCCCUGGUGGUCCAGUGGUUAAGACGCUGAGCUUCCACCGCAGGGGGUGUGGGUUUCAUCCCUGGUCAGGGAUCCAAGAUCCCACAUGCCGUGCAGCAUGGCAAAAAAAAAAAAAGAAUGUCUGGGGGGCUGGGGGUGUUGAACCCAGGGCACUCCUGUGUUGGAUUGAGGGAGGGAAGGUCUGAGCAUCCUGUAUGCCAAGCCCUGGCCCCUCUGGGAAAUCUGAGGCUAGGGGAGAGGCAGAGCUUGCCCCAGAGAGGGCGGGAACACCUGGCCUGUGCCGCACACUGCCCUUGGCCUUCUCGGCAGGCAAAUCUGCAAAAGGAAAGCUAAGGAGGCUGCAUCUGGGGAUGGCGUGGGGGUCUGCCUGGAGGAGGGGGCGUCAAAGUCAAGCAAGAAGGUUUUUAGAGAAGGACUUCCUGGUGGUGGGCGGGUACAUCUUGUGCCAGCUCUGUUGCCGCUGAGGGGCCCAGAUGCGGGUUCUGCAGGGGGUGGGGGACUGGGGGGCUCCGAGCACGUGGCGCCCGCCUGAGUGCCCGGCGGCCUCUUUGUGGGCCCGGGGCUGGUCCCAGUCUCAAGGCGCCUGCUGUGGCCUUGGCGGGGCAAGCUUGUGCCAGGCAGGGGACCGCCGGCUGGGACCCUGGCACCUGUCUGUGGGCAGGGGGUCCGCCCGCCGUCCCCUAACCCCGCCCCCCGCGCUGACCGCCGGCCCCGCCCCCAGGUUCCACGCGGACGCGGCGGACGACGGCGGCGGCUACACGGUGGAGGUGAGCAUCAACGACUACCUGGACAUCUACUGCCCGCACUACGGGGCGCCGCUGCCGCCGGCCGAGCGCAUGGAGCACUACGUGCUGUACAUGGUCAACGGCGAGGGCCACGCCUCCUGCGACCACCGGCAGCGCGGCUUCAAGCGCUGGGAGUGCAACCGGCCCGCGGCGCCCGGGGGGCCGCUCAAGUUCUCCGAGAAGUUCCAGCUCUUCACGCCCUUCUCGCUGGGCUUCGAGUUCCGCCCGGGCCACGAGUACUACUACAUCUCUGCCACACCGCCCAAUGCCGUGGACCGACCCUGCCUGCGGUUGAAGGUUUAUGUGCGGCCGACCAACGAGACCCUGUAUGAGGCCCCCGAGCCCAUCUUCACCAGCAAUAACUCGUGCAGCGGCCUGCGCGGCUGCCAGCUCUUCCUCAGCACCGUCCCCGUGCUGUGGACUCUCCUGGGCUCCUAGGCCCCCACGGGACGCCGGCCCCGCCCUGAUGGCCCUCCUCCGAGACCAAAUAGAGACGCCGCUUCUCCCACGACUGGUGCUGCUCCGCCGGGCAGGGGGCCGGCCACCCACCCCGGGGCUGGCCGGGGAUGGCGGCAGCCGAGGCCCCCCCACCCCAUGCCCGAGGGACGGGGUGUCCGUGCAGCUCCUGGCCACGCCGUGUUGUCCGGGGACCCUGGUUGAACCCAGGGACCUCUUGGCGAUGUUGGUUUUUUAUUUUUUGUUUUUGGUUUUUUUUUAAGUGUAUUUUUCAUGGUUGGAUCAGAAAGACUUGAGUUUUUAAUUUAAUUUAUUCCUUGCUGUUGCCUGUGACUUUGGGAAGGAAACAGAAUGGACAUAUGGGGCGGGGUCCCUGACCCCCUGGGAGGAGGGAGGAGGGGGAUCCCUGGCCUGGUCACUCUAUUUGUUGGGUCCUGGUUAGAGGCGACCGUGGAGUGGACCGCCAGGUGCCCUGGGAAGGCUGGCCCGAGGCAGAGGGGUGGGUGGUGAGGCCCCCAGAUUCUGGUCCAGGACCCUCAGACCCUCGUCCCCCCGCUCUACCCCUCUCUCUCCUGGUGAUUGUCUCCCAGUGCGGAAACCACGGGGUUUCACCAGCGGCCCCCGUGCAGCCCGCCCCUCGGAAUCAUAGCAUCCCAAUGUCUUCGAGGUGACGUAGGCCGCACCUGUCCCCCAGCCUCGCACAAUCGCCCCCGAGGCCGAGAAGACGUUGCAUUUCUGUAAAUAGAGCCAGCAAGUAUAUACUGUGAUUUAUUUUUACUGUAUUCCUGAGGAUGGACUGGAAUGUUUCUUUUUUUCUCACCCCUUCACGGUGGGGGGGCUUUUAUUUUGGUGGGGGGGUGGGUGGACUUUUUAGCGUAGAAGCCGCACUUCGCAAUAAGCUCCUUUGUCUGUCAGACUCCCUCCCUCUGCUCUAUGACUAAUAAUGUUUGUAAGAAAAGGGAAAACAGGACAAAACAAAACUGGGGGUGGGGAACAUUACCACCAAAAAAAAGAAACCCCCUCCCAAAGACACUGUAAUGAAGUAAACAGCGCAUUUAUACGGAUUUCAUAUUUCUACCCGCCUUUCCUGAUCUGUGUUUUAUAUAUAUUAUAUAUAAAUAUAUAUGGUGCGCAGCCGCCCGGAGAUGGCUCAGGCACGCCGGUGGGGGGCUUUUGUAGGGGUCGUGGGUGGGCGGCGUUGCCAGGCCUGGAGCUGGCGACGGGGCCUCCCCUCCUCCAUCACAAUCAACUUUGGAUUCUGUAUUUUUUUAUAAUAAAACGAGCGUAAGCGUC